AGUGGAGGUGAGCUGUGUUCAACCGUGUUAGCUUUGAGUUGACUGUAAAUGCUUGAAAUCCAGUGAGUCCGUUGUUCACAUCCAUCAUCAGUAGUAUAUCCAACAUGUCUUCUUCUUCUUCAAGGUCCAGACCUCAAUGGAUACACGACGUGUUCAUCAAUUUUAGAGGGAAAGAUACUCGCAAGACUUUUGUUUCUCAUCUCUAUGCUGCUCUCACAGACGCUGGAAUCAAUACUUUUCUUGAUGAUGAGAAUCUUAAAAAGGGAGAGGAGCUUGGACCAGAAUUAGUUCGAGCAAUACAAGGUUCUCAGAUAGCCAUCGUUGUUUUCUCUAAAAACUACGUUAAUUCUAGUUGGUGUCUUAAUGAACUCGAACAAAUCAUGAAAUGCAAAGCAGAUAACGGUCAGGUUGUUAUGCCAGUAUUUAACGGUAUCACCCCUUCGAAUAUACGUCAACAUUCCCCGGUAAUAUUAGUAGAUGAGUUAGAUCAAAUUAUAUUUGGAAAAAAAAGGGCACUCCGCGAUGUUUCGUAUUUGACUGGUUGGGAUAUGAGUAAUUACAGUAAUCAAAGCAAAGUUGUGAAGGAAAUUGUUUCUCAAGUUUUGAAAAAUCUAGACAAAAAAUACUUACCUCUGCCAAAUUUUCAAGUUGGAUUAAAACCCCGUGCGGAAAAGCCGAUUCGAUUUUUAAGACAAAAUACAAGAAAAGUUUGUUUAGUAGGGAUUUGGGGGAUGGGGGGGAUUGGCAAAAGCACUAUUGCCAAAGUCAUAUACAAUGAUCUUUGUUAUGAAUUUGAAGAUCAAAGCUUCGUUGCUAAUAUUAGAGAAGUUUGGGAGAAAGAUAGGGGCAGAAUCGAUUUACAAGAACAACUUCUUUCAGAUAUCCUGAAAACAAGAAAGAUAAAGGUGCUUAGUGUUGAGCAAGGAAAAGCUAUGAUCAAGCAACGACUUCGUUCAAAACGCAUACUUGCUGUACUUGAUGAUGUUAGUGAGCUUGAGCAAUUUAAUGCACUAUGUGAAGGAAAUAGUGUUGGUCCGGGAAGUGUAAUAAUCAUCACAACCAGAGAUCUGCGUGUACUUAAUAUCCUUGAAGUUGAUUUUAUCUAUGAAGCAGAGGGAUUGAAUGCUAGCGAGUCCCUUGAGCUUUUCUGUGGACAUGCUUUUAGGAAGGUAAUUCCAACAGAAGACUUCCUUAUUCUCUCAAGAUAUGUAGUUGCCUAUUGUGGUGGAAUACCACUAGCUCUUGAAGUCCUUGGAUCUUACUUAUUGAAGAGGAGAAAACAAGAGUGGCAGAGUGUAUUAUCAAAGCUUGAAAAAAUACCCAAUGAUCAAAUACAUGAGAAACUAAAAAUUAGCUUUAAUGGUUUAAGCGAUCGUAUGGAAAAGGAUAUAUUUCUUGAUGUCUGUUGUUUCUUUAUCGGCAAGGAUAGAGCUUAUGUUACAAAGAUACUAAAUGGUUGUGGACUUCAUGCUGAUAUUGGAAUAACAGUGUUGAUAGAGAGAAGCCUCAUAAAAGUUGAAAAGAAUAAAAAGCUUGGAAUGCAUGAUUUGCUACGAGACAUGGGAAGGGAAAUUGUUCGUGAAAGUUCACCGGAGGAGCCUGAGAAGCGUACCCGAUUGUGGUGUCAUGAGGACGUAGUUAAUGUACUGGAAGACCAUACCGGAACAAAAGCCAUCGAGGGAUUGGUUAUGAAGUUGCCAAAGACCAAUAGAGUUUGCUUUGAUACAAUUGCUUUUGAGAAAAUGAAGAGAUUGAGAUUGUUGCAACUUGAUAAUGUACAAGUCAUCGGAGAUUACAAGUGUUUUUCAAAGCACCUGAGAUGGCUUUCUUGGCAAGGAUUUCCAUUAAAAUACACACCAGAAAACUUUUAUCAGAAAAAUGUAGUUGCUAUGGACUUAAAACACAGUAAUCUCACACAAGUUUGGAAGAAGCCUCAGUUGAUAGAGGGACUGAAGAUCCUAAAUCUCAGUCAUUCUAAGUACUUGAAAAGAACCCCUGACUUUUCAAAGUUACCAAACCUAGAAAAGCUAAUUAUGAAGGAUUGUCAAAGUCUGUUGGAGGUACACCCGUCCAUUGGAGAUCUCAAGAAUCUUCUUCUGUUAAAUUUGAAGGACUGUACGAGUCUUAGCAAUCUCCCAAGAGAGAUCUAUCAAUUGAGAACAGUGGAAACUCUCAUCCUUUCUGGUUGUUCAAAGAUUGACAAAUUGGAAGAAGAUAUAGUGCAAAUGGAAUCCUUGACAACUCUAAUGGCAGCAAAUACUGGAGUCAAACAACCACCAUUUUCGAUAGUGAGAUCAAAAAGCAUUGGAUAUAUAUCUCUAUGUGGAUAUGAAGGAUUAUCACAUCAUGUUUUUCCUUCUCUCAUUAGGUCUUGGAUGUCACCAACAAUGAAUUCUGUAGCACAUAUUUCCCCUUUUGGUGGCAUGUCAAAGUCUCUUGCUUCCUUGGAUAUAGAGAGCAAUAAUCUGGCUUUAGUCUAUCAAUCACAAAUACUUAGCAGCUGUUCAAAACUUAGAAGUGUUUCGGUACAAUGUGACUCAGAGAUUCAACUGAAACAAGAAUUCAGAAGAUUUCUUGAUGAUCUAUAUGAUGCCGGUCUUACUGAAUUGGGAAUAUCACAUGCAUCACACAUUUCGGAUCAUUCCUUGAGAUCUCUUUUGAUUGGAAUGGGAAAUUGCCACAUAGUCAUCAAUAUUCUUGGGAAGAGCUUAUCACAGGGAUUGACAACCAAUUCUCGUGAUAAUUUCCUUCCGGGUGAUAAUUAUCCUUCUUGGUUAGCCUAUCGAGGUGAAGGACCUUCUGUAUUAUUUCAAGUUCCCGACGAUACCAAUUACUGCAUGAAGGGAAUGACUUUAUGUGUUCUUUAUUCAACAACACCUGAAAACUUAGCAACUGAAGGUCUGACUAGUGUCUUGAUUAUUAAUUACACAAAAUUAACUAUCCAAAUUUACAGGCGAGACACAGUAAUGUCUUUUAAUGAUGAAGAUUGGCAAGACGUGGUAUCAAAAUUAGGAGUUGGUGACAAUGUGGAGAUUUUUGUAUCUAUUGGGCAUGGAUGGACUGUUAAGAAGAUGACUGUCUAUCUAAUUUACGAUCAGUCAAAUGCUAUGGAAAUCGAGUCAUCAAAUGCUAUGGAAGUUGCCCCAUCCAGUGACGCAAAAAUGGAGCCAUUACAUGAAGUGGAAUUGAAACCGUCACCCAAUGUAAAAAUGGAUCCAUCAGCUGAAGAGGAAGUACAACCAUCACUUGAUGUGAAAAUGGAACCAUCAGUUGUUGUCAAGAAUGAACCAUUACUGAAGACAAGUAGAAAAAACUUUACGAGACUUGCAAAGAGAGUGGGAGAAUGUUUAUGCUUGAACCAUAAUUGAGAUCUCAACAAUUUUUGAUUGAGCACGCCUAUUGUCCUAAUAUGGAACUCCCUUGUAUGUGUUUUGUAAUAUUUUUCUGGGAGGGAGGAUUGACAAUGCUUGGGCAUUAAUGUGAUCGAUUGCAGGAUCCUAUUUUCUUCUCUCAUGUGGUCUUUGAUGUCAUCCACAAUGAAUCCCAUGUCAAGGAUUUGCUCGUUUUGGAGCAUGUCAUCAUUGUAUCUACCAAUACUUGGCAGCCUCCAAAAGCUUCAAAGUUUUUGUGUGUAAUGUGUUGUAAACAGAGCAUAUUUUAAAAGUUUUAAAUAUAUUGUCUGAUAAUUAUACGGGAUAAA